AUGCUCUCACGUGUUGCUGCAGUCAUGGCACCCCGCACACACAACCGUUGCCGCGUGACCGGAUCCAGGGGCAGGAGGAGGGAAGGAAGAGAGAGUGAGCCGCAGAGGCCCAACAUGUCCCGGCGCGUGUUUACUGCCACGGUGCUGCUUCUUCUCGUGAUGAUGUGCUGCGGCAGUGGAGCUGCAGCCGCUGGGGGCAGUGAAACAAGGAAUACUGUUGAUCCGUUUAAGGGGACGACAAGGAUAGAUGCUAAUUGGAUGGAGUUUAACGAGACCGGAAGCAAAAUCACCUCGCUCCGUGUUCCUGGCCUCGUUAAAGUGGGUGAUGAUGUAUUUGCUGUUGCUGAAGCGCAGUGCGGGGAAAGGAAUGGAGCCGACUGCUGUGCUGGGAUUGUGUCAAAGCACCUGAAUAUAAGUGAUGACUCAAUGGAUAUUUCGACGUCGGAUUUAAGUUUGUUUCGCAUGCAACUUGGGGACACUGUUGCGAAUAAUUUUAGGACAACAGGAGUGUUGCGACCAACGACGCUUGUAAUUGGGGACAGUGUCUACAUGCUCCUGGGAAACUACAGCCAUACAAAGCCGCAGGUUGAAGGUACGAAUGAGCGGGGUCUUUUACUCGUGAAGGGAACUGCCACUGAAGAAAAUGGAAAGAAGAAAAUCAAAUGGAGUGAGACCCAUGUGGUGGAGCCUCAAGGCAAAGGAGCAUCUCUUUCCUUGACCGAGUUAAUUGGUGGCGGAGGAUCGGGUGCUGUGAUGCGUGGCGGCGCGAUUGUGUUUCCCAUGCAGGCCAAAAAAAAGGAUGGAACGAACGUUUUGCUCUCUAUGCGUUUCCCCAAUUCAGGGAACAAAUGGGAGCUUUCAUCCGAGACGCCUGGUAAGGGCUGCAGGGAUCCAACCCUGGUGAAGUGGAAAGAAAAGAAAGACGACGAAAGUCUCUUCAUGAUGGCUCAUUGUGCUGGAGGCUACUAUGACGUUUACAUGUCCACUCCGAAUGGAGUCAGUUGGUAUACGUCGGGUGAGCCAAUUAACCGCGUGUGGGGCAACUCACACAAUCGAAAGGGAUACGGUGUCCAGAGCGGAUCCACCACCGCAAUCAUUGAGGGAAAGGAGGUGAUGCUCAUCACCGCGCCGGUGUAUCCGAAGGAAGAUAAUAAAUGUGGAAAGGGUCGGCUUCAUCUUUGGGUGACGGACAAGGCACGUGUGUAUGAUGUUGGGCAGGUAUCCCGUGAAAAUGAUGACGCCGCCGCCAGCUCGCUGUUGAUAAAAGAUAAUAAUAAUGAGUUGAUUUCACUGUACGAGAACAAGAAGAGUGACGGAUCAUACAAUCUUGUUGCUGUGCGUCUGACCGAGAAACUGGAGCGGGUAAAGGAAGUGGUGAAGACAUGGAAGGAUUUGGACAGCGCCUUGAAAACAUGCCGUUCCGGUUCAAGUGGCACUGUUGACGCGCUCAGAAAGGACAUGUGCAAUGGUCCUGUUCCCACUAACAGGCUUGUUGGCUUCUUGUCUGGUAACUCAACUGGGACCGAGUGGAGGGACGAGUACCUCGGCGUGAAUGCAACUGUGACGAAUGGGGAGAGAAGGGUUUCCAAUGGAUUGACGUUCAAAGGAUCAUGGGCGGAGUGGCCCGUUGGCGACAUGGGGCAGACUGUGCCGUACUACUUUGCAAACAACAAGUUCACUCUUGUGGCGACGGUGUCCAUCCACGAGGUGCCGGAGAGUGGCAGCAUUCCUUUGAUUGGCGUGAGGAUGAAUGACACUGACAGCACGGUGCUUUUUGGUCUGUCGUACACCCACGACAAGAAGUGGCUGGCCAUACCGGAGAAACGUGCUACUUUGAAGCUCUUCGAUGGGUGGGAGCCAAACAAGACGUAUCAGGUGGUACUGCAAAUGGAUUCUGAUUUUUGGACUGUCGUUGUAGAUGGAAAGGAAAUCCACUACAAGAGAUAUGAUGCGAAUCUGUUCAACUCACGCAGGAUCUCACACUUUUACAUCGGCGGGGACAGUAAGCACCAAAGUGCAACGGGCGGCCACGUGACGGUGACCAACGUCAUGCUGUACAACGAGGAACUGUUGGGAAAUGAACUGCGCAAACUCAAUGCCAGCAAAGUCACUAUUCCAUCACUGGGUGUCGAGAAGCAACCCACAGAACAGGCGGCCAACACGGACGCUUUGGUUGCUUCCGAGUCAAGGAGUGAAGGGAGCGCCACCAGCCAUGAGAAAUUGAAUGAGAAUGAUCCUGAAAAACGAGGAGAAAACAGCGUCGAUGAUCUGGUGCCUGCAGCGCCCCAUUCCACGGUUGUCGCGGGAUCAUCUGUUCCUGAACCCGCCACCGCAAUGGAGAUCGCAGAGAAUUCUCGUUCAGAUGACAAUACCCAGCUUCACCAGGGCGAAACGGCCCGGCAAGACACGCCGAAUGAAGAGAAUAAAUCGAUGCAGCGGGGUUCAGAUGUGCAGACACAAGACCCACAGCCAGAGUUAUUAACGGAGUUCAAUGAUGUUGAAGGAUCCUCUGAAAGUAAUGAUGAAGAAAUGCCAGAGGAGGAGGGAGAAGCGGAUGACAGGAGUGGCAAAUCAACGUCUCCAGUGACUGCGUCGUUGAGUAUGGAAACGGCCGCCGGACCAGUGUACGGUGGGCACCAAGUGCAGAAAAGCAUUGACCUUUCCGCUGAAAACAACGACGUGCGGCCCACUGGAACCGGAACCACCGGCGCGGAGGAAAGCCUCAGCCUCGAGGCGGGGGAAAGAAAUUCCGAGGGAAAAAUGAACUCAGACAGCAGCCCCACUCCUUCAGGGAUUGACGCCGAACCGACAUCUGCGGAGGACACCGACAACAUCUCUUGGACUGAGAGGGCCGAAGUUUCUUCUGGAGAAGGCAAGGAGAUGCCACAGACGGUCGACGCCGCACCGGGCAACACAAACACCACGCCCGGGGAAACCGAGAUCCCAUCGGAGUCCAACGCAACAACACCCUCGGACACUGAAAUUUUGCCUGAGAACGGGCAUUUGGGCGAGUUGGCGGCCAUGUAUCUAAUUGGUGACAGCACCGUGCAUGUGUGUGCGUCUCGGGUGUUGUUGCUGCUGCUUCUGGGGCUGUGGAGUAUUGCGGCUCUCUGUUGA